CUAGAAUGUAAAGGAUCUUGGCGGUUCUGGGUGCCCAGAAAGGCGGCGGCGCGGCGGAUGACAACAUUAGGCCGCGACACGCUCCUCGCCAGGCGGCGGCUGUAGUGUUAGGUUUGGCCGCAGCAGUAGCCGCUGCCGGUAGCGAGCAGACGGAGGGAAGGUGGGGGUCCGCCCUGGCCAGUGGGCCGCGGGGCUGAAAGUUCCCGCCCGGCUCGGGGGCCGAGCCAGCAGUGUGCCUCCGCGGCAGCUGGGCAGCGCCCUGCGUCCAGGCUCGCGCCCCAGCUGCCGCCGACUACAGCGGCCGAGAGAAGUUGGGGUCCGACUGGACGCGUACAGGGCCCGGGACCCCAGCGCCGCGGCGACCCCGGAGGAACUGGCUUCUUGCGUCCCGCCUCCCUGGGAGCUCCGCACUGGAUUUGCAGUUUUACAGGAUGACUGCACAUUAAUGGAAAGAGAAGCAUAAACCUAUUUGGGUUCAUUAUGGAGGGAAGUUUGGCAGACGGAGAACCUGAUAGAACUUCGCUUCUUGGUGAUAGCAAAGAUGUCCUUGGUCCAUCAACUGUUUUAGCAAAUAGUGAUGAAUCUCAACUUCUGACACCAGGAAAGAUGAGUCAGCGCCAAGGAAAAGAAACUUAUUCAACGCCAACCAAAGAUUUGCAUCAGCCAUCUCUUAGUCCAGCAAGUCCUCAUAGCCAGGGUUUUGAAAGAGGGAAGGAAGAUAUUUCUCAAAACAAAGAUGAUUCUUCACUUUCUAUGUCAAAGAGCAAGUCUGAAUCUAAACUUUAUAAUGGCUCAGAGAAGGACAGCUCAACUUCAAGCAAACUCACAAAAAAGGAAUCUCUUAAGGUACAAAAGAAAAAUUACCGUGAAGAAAAGAAAAGAGCCACAAAGGAGCUGCUUAGUACAAUCACAGAUCCUUCUGUUAUUGUUAUGGCUGAUUGGCUGAAGAUUCGUGGUACUCUAAAGAGCUGGACCAAGUUAUGGUGUGUGUUGAAACCUGGGGUGCUACUGAUCUAUAAAACCCAAAAAAAUGGUCAGUGGGUAGGAACAGUUCUUCUGAAUGCCUGUGAAAUCAUUGAGCGUCCAUCAAAAAAGGAUGGCUUUUGUUUCAAACUUUUCCAUCCUUUGGAGCAGUCUAUUUGGGCAGUGAAGGGUCCAAAAGGUGAAGCAGUUGGAUCCAUUACUCAGCCCUUACCUAGCAGUUAUUUGAUCAUCCGGGCUACUUCAGAAUCAGAUGGAAGGUGCUGGAUGGAUGCUUUGGAGUUGGCUUUGAAAUGUUCUAGUCUUCUUAAACGUACAAUGAUCAGGGAAGGAAAGGAACAUGACCUGAGCAUUUCAUCAGAUAGCACACAUGUGACUUUGUAUGGCUUAUUACGUGCUAACAAUCUCCACAGUGGGGACAACUUCCAGUUAAAUGAUAGUGAAAUUGAACGACAGCAUUUUAAGGACCAAGAUAUGUAUUCUGAUAAAUCUGAUAAAGAAAAUGAUCAAGAACAUGAUGAAUCUGACAAUGAGGUGAUGGGGAAAAGUGAAGAAAGUGACACAGAUACAUCAGAAAGACAAGAUGACUCAUAUAUAGAACCUGAGCCUGUUGAACCUUUAAAGGAGACUACCUACACUGAACAAAGCCAUGAAGAACUUGGGGAGGCAGGUGAGGCUUCUCAAACAGAAACUGUGUCUGAAGAAAACAAAAGCCUUAUCUGGACAUUAUUGAAACAAGUCCGUCCUGGCAUGGACCUAUCCAAGGUGGUUCUGCCUACAUUUAUUUUGGAACCCCGUUCCUUCCUGGAUAAACUUUCAGAUUACUACUAUCAUGCAGAUUUCCUAUCUGAGGCUGCUCUUGAAGAAAAUCCUUAUUUCCGUUUGAAGAAAGUCGUCAAAUGGUAUUUGUCAGGAUUUUAUAAAAAGCCAAAGGGACUGAAGAAACCUUAUAAUCCUAUACUUGGUGAGACUUUCCGUUGUUUAUGGAUUCAUCCCAGAACAAACAGCAAAACUUUUUAUAUUGCUGAACAGGUGUCCCAUCAUCCACCAAUAUCUGCCUUUUAUGUUAGUAAUCGAAAAGAUGGAUUUUGCCUUAGUGGUAGUAUCCUGGCUAAGUCCAAGUUUUAUGGAAACUCAUUAUCUGCAAUAUUAGAGGGAGAAGCACGGUUAACUUUCCUGAAUAGAGGUGAAGAUUAUGUAAUGACAAUGCCAUAUGCUCAUUGUAAAGGAAUUCUUUAUGGCACAAUGACACUGGAGCUUGGUGGAACAGUCAAUAUUACAUGUCAAAAAACUGGAUAUAGUGCAAUACUUGAAUUUAAACUAAAGCCAUUCCUAGGGAGUAGCGACUGUGUUAAUCAAAUAUCAGGAAGACUUAAAUUGGGAAAAGAAGUCCUAGCUACUUUGGAAGGACAUUGGGAUAGUGAAGUUUUUAUUACUGAUAAAAAGACUGAUAAUUUAGAGGUUUUCUGGAAUCCAACACCCGAUAUUAAGCAAUGGAGAUUAAUAAGGCACACUGUAAAAUUUGAAGAACAGGGAGAUUUUGAAUCAGAGAAACUCUGGCAGCGGGUAACUCGAGCCAUAAAUGCCAAAGACCAAACCGAAGCUACCCAAGAGAAGUAUGUUUUGGAAGAAGCUCAAAGGCAGGCUGCCAGAGAUCGGAAAACAAAAAAUGAAGAAUGGUCUUGCAGAUUAUUUGAACUUGAUUCACUCACAGGAGAAUGGCAUUAUAAGUUUGCGGAUACCCGACCAUGGGACCCACUUAAUGAUAUGAUACAGUUUGAAAAAGAUGGUGUUAUUCAGACCAAAGUGAAACAUCGUACUCCAAUGGUUAGUGUCCCCAAAAUGAAACAUAAGCCAACCAGGCAACAGAAGAAAGUAACAAAAGGCUAUUCCUCCCCAGAACCUGACAUCCAAGACUCCUCUGGAAGUGAAGCUCAAUCAGUAAAACCAAGUACAAGAAGAAAGAAAGGAAUAGAACUGGGAGACAUUCAGAGUUCCAUCGAAUCUAUAAAACAAACACAGGAAGAAAUUAAAAGAAAUAUUAUGGCUCUUCGAAAUCAUUUAGUUUCAAGCACACCUGCCACGGAUUAUUUUCUGCAACAAAAAGACUACUUCAUCAUUUUCCUCCUGAUUCUGCUUCAAGUCAUAAUAAACUUCAUGUUCAAAUAGUUCUCUACCAUUGAAUCAGUGAACUAGAAAGAUCUGAUUUGGCCUGGGACCAGUGUUUAAGUUGGUUUGGUCUUUAUUAAAAAUCACAGUAUUUCUAAAAACAGAAAAACCUAGUAGAUAAAUGUAGAGGUAUUGACUUUUCAUAUCUUUUAUCUUCACACUGAAACAAGAGCUAUCUUAUUUGAUUAUUAAAGUGAGCUAUGUGUUAAGUGCCAGGACAUUUCUAGCUUUUGUGAGAAUGUGUCUACAUGUGAGUAUAAUAAACCCACAUGUAUACACAAUUGUCUCUUAUGUACUCUUACCUGACAGUAAUCUUUGUAUUCUAUAGUAUGUUCUGAGAUGUAAUGUUAACAUUGUUCAUAACAAAAAAAGCUAUCAAUAUUAUAAAUAUAUGUAAUCUAUUUUCUUCAUAAAACAGGCACAAAACUUUUAUCAGUAAGGAAUUACAGAUUGAGAAAUCAUGGAAUAAUAGACAUAAUUAGUUCAAUACACUACUGUUAAAAUCAUUUGCAAAGUACUGAGCUCAGUUAUCUUCUUAGAAA